GGCGCGGGCACAGCUCCCCGUCGGCGGCCGCCGCCUCUCCCCGCGCCGCGGGCUGUAAUCGAAGUACAAGAUGGCAAAAACCAGCCAUAGCAACUAUGUCCUUCAGCAGCUAAACAAGCAAAGAGAGUGGGGCUUUCUGUGCGACUGCUGCAUCGCUAUCGAUGAUAUUUAUUUUCAAGCACAUAAAGCAGUCCUUGCUGCCUGCAGCGCCUAUUUUAGGAUGUUUUUUAUGAACCAUCAAAACACUACAGCCCAGCUGAAUCUAAGCAACAUGAAGAUUAGCGCUGAAUGCUUUGAUCUUAUUUUACAGUUCAUGUAUUUAGGAAAAAUUAUGACAGCCCCUGCCAAUUUUGAGCAAUUUAAAGUGGCCAUGAACUAUUUACAGCUAUAUAACGUACCUGAGUGUCUAGAAGAUAUACAGGAUACAGACUCAUCUAGUUUAAAAUGUUCAUCUCCUGCUUCUAGCACCCAGACUAGUAAAAUGAUAUUUGGUGUGAGAAUGUAUGAAGACGCACUUGCCAGAAAUGGCAGCGAAGCAAACAGGUGGGGCAUGGAGCCACCAAGUUCAACGGUAAAUACAUCCCAUCAUAAAGAGCCUGAGGAAGAAACUUUGCAGCUUAACAGCUUCCCUGAGCAACUGUUUGAUGUCUGCAAAAAAAGCACCACGUCCAAAUUCUCUCACACAAAAGAGCGCGUGUCACACUCGCGCCGGUUUGGAAGGAGCUUCACCUGCGACAGCUGCGGGUUUAGUUUUAGCUGUGAAAAGCUACUGGAUGAGCACGUGUUAACAUGCACCAACAGGCAUUCCUACCAAAGUGCCAGGUACUACAGUGCUGAGAAAAUAGACUUUAGUGAAAAGAACUCUACUUCUAAAAUGAUCUCCACACAAACAGAAAAAUACAAGGGGGACUCAAACCAUGCUGCGGACGAUUCAUCGUCUCCUGUGUCAAACGUCACGAGCAGAAAAAGCAGCACGAUUGCCUCUGAGACAUCAGGUGAAGAAGGAAGUAGAGCCUCUGAGAGGAAGAGGAUUAUCAUCAAGGUGGAGCCAGAGGACAAUCCUACAGAUGAGCUGAAGGAUUUUAAUAUUAUCAAGGUGGCAGAUAAAGACUGCAAUGAGUCUUCUGACAAUGACGACCUAGAUGAUGAGCAGGAAGAGCCACUUUACAGAUACUACGUCGAGGAAGAGAUGAGAGAGAAGAGAAAUGCUCGGAAGACUCUAAAGCCUCGUUUAUCCAUGGAUGAGGAUGAAAGAAAGUGUUUAAAAAGUCCACGGCACCUUAACAGCAAGGCUCCUUCAGUGCAGGAAGAUGUGGAGAAUACUCCCUGUGAACUUUGUGGGCUAACAAUCACUGAGGAAGAUUUGUCCUCUCAUUAUUUAUCCAAACACAUAGAAAAUAUAUGUGCUUGUGGCAAGUGUGGUCAAAUACUGGUCAAAGGCAAGCAGCUACAGGAUCAUGCACAGACCUGUGGAGAACCCCAGGAUCUGACCAUGAACGGGAUCAGAAAUUCUGAGGAGAAAAUGGACUUGGAAGAAAACCCCGAGGAGCAGUCUGAAAUAAGGGACAUGAUGUUUGCAGAGAUGCUAGAGGACUUCAGGGACAGUCACUUCCAAAUGAACAGCCUUCAAAAAAACCAGUUGUACAAGCAUUCUGCCUGUCCUUUCCGAUGCCCUAAUUGUGGCCAGCGUUUUGAUACUGAAAACCUAGUGGUUGAACAUAUGCCAAACUGCCUGGAGCAAGAUCUGUUCAAGAACUCCAUGCUGGAAGAGAACGAGAGGGAUCACAGACGUAAGCAUUUCUGCAACCUUUGCGGGAAAGGAUUUUAUCAGCGUUGCCACUUGCGGGAACACUAUACCGUUCAUACCAAGGAAAAACAGUUUGUUUGUCAGACAUGUGGGAAGCAGUUCUUAAGAGAGCGCCAGUUGCGGCUCCACAAUGAUAUGCACAAAGGCAUGGCCAGGUAUGUCUGUUCCAUUUGUGAUCAAGGAAACUUCCGAAAACAUGACCAUGUACGGCAUAUGAUAUCUCACUUAUCAGCUGGAGAGACUAUAUGCCAGGUCUGCUUUCAGAUAUUCCCAAAUAAUGAGCAACUGGAGCAGCACAGGGAUGUUCAUCUGUAUACAUGUGGAGUAUGUGGAGCAAAAUUUAAUUUGAGGAAAGAUAUGAGAUCUCACUAUAAUGCCAAGCAUUUGAAAAGAACAUAA